UUAGUUCUCUCUUCUUUUUUUUUUUUUUAGAAAUAAAUUGUAGAUAGUCACAAAUCCAUGGAAAAAAUCAGUGGAUUAAAUAAUCCAUAACUUCGACAGCGGUUCUAAGUUUGAAAAAGGAGUGUUGGGGGCCAUUAUAUCUACAAAAAAAAACUAAAGAGAUCCAACAUGGAAAAAUAUCACUCAUCGAUAGCUGAAGAACACGAUAAAGCUGGGAAUAGACCAAUUAUAAAUAUCAAUGAAGAUCGAAAUUCCACCGAUUCUCUGGCUGUAACUUCCAGUUUCUUUACAGUUGAUGGACACCACUUUUGCUGUAUUAACUUAGUCAACGUUGAGGAAGAAAUUAUCAUAUACAAUCUUCAUCUUCAGACCGAAGAAAGACGUGAUCUACUGGUGCGAACUUUCUAUGACAGAAAUAACCCAAAAGACGAAUUUAAGUUACUCACGCCCUCAGCACUGACCCUAACAUUUUCUGCUUGGGGAAGCCAUUUUCCGAUUAGGUUGAAACCUUGGGAGAAACAUAGCUGCCUUUUCUUGCUCAAUUUGAGCAAGAUUGACUUUCACACAAUGACCAAGGAUAUUGAAAUUCAGUUGUCUGCAGUACUACAAACGGAAAAACACAGAGGUACAUUGCAUAACAAAACAAUCAUGCACGUCCUUCCCUUCUUACGAAUCAAACAUCACCCACUGCUCACCAUGACAGCCGAAUGUAACCCGCCAGUUGUUUUAGGAGACAGUUGUGAGGUGAAAUACACCGUUACCAAUCGCCUUCAAGAUUUCCUAGCAGUAUAUAUUGUGUGGGAUUCACCGACUCAGGCUACACACUCCUCAUUACCAAUCAAUCAAAGUAAUAAAGUACAAGAAAGCAGGACUCUAAUAUGCCACAAACCUCUUUCAAGCUUGGGUUUUUGUAGGGAAGGAUCAAAAUUACAAACAACAGUUUGCUUCUCGGUAACCAAAGAGGGAGUUUAUGAGGUGGGACAACACAUGAAACUGAAACUCCACUACACAACCGAACCUCUGACAAUUACGAGUUCGCCAUCCUCUUUGCUCAGAAAACCAGAUCAGGAGCUUGUUACAAGUUCUUCAGAUACUAAUUUUCAGUCAUAUGACGAUCAGUCUUCCGUUGUCUUAGCUUUUGACAGAAUCAUCAAGCAGCCUUGUCAAAUAUAUUUCUUCAAAUCAUUUGAAAAGCUAUGGAGCACGUGACUACAGUUUCCUACAUUGUCAGAAGACACGUAAUCGAAAUACUGUUCUACGGGAGAAAAUUUAUACAAGGAACCAUUGCUUUAAAAACCGAAAUUAAAAAGUUAUAGCUUUAUAGUUUUCUUAAGGUUGGAAGUAAUCAUGGCAUUUCACGUUUAAUGAGAGCAGACAUAAACAUAUUUUAUUUUUAGAAAUCAUAGGUAACUGACAUUAGUUAAGGUUUAAAUCACUGACCUGACUAUCUAUGGGUAGAGUAACACCAUUAUCAGAUUAUGGUAAGGGGUGAAAUCACCGGAAGACUGCCUACGACCAUCUUCCUGCACUCGUACAAGGCCAGUUCCACUAUAUUAUUAUAUUACUAUUAUUCUAUAUUAAUUUUGAUCAAAAUGCUUUGCUGUUCUGCCUUUGGAGGUAGCAAAAUAUUGAUCUAAGGUUGUAGAAAGACCUUCCACUUGUAAGUAACUAUAAAGGUUCAUUAUGUAUCAGUUAAAUGAAUUUCAUCAACUUUAUAGAGAACGGGUGCUGUCUGUAACGCACGUGUGACAAACAUAUUUCCAUACAUUUUGGUGUGUGUGUAUUAAACCGUACUUAAUGUAAGAUAUAUGUAUCUACAUUACUUAACAUGACCACUGCUUACUUGGUAAGCUAAAAAAAUGAACUUGUGCUCAGAAUAAAUAUAUAUAAAUACUUUCCUGGCUGUGACAUGUUUAUUCAGCCUCUUCAACAGCGCGUCCUUUUUUCGCUUUCGUAAAUAUAAUUUAACAAGAACAUUUUGCACGGCGACAAGUGAAGCGUGAAAAUAGAUCAGUUACUAAGUAUUUUUUAACUUCACUAUCAUAUAUCUCGACUUAGCACGAGUAAAUUAGAAGGAAACAGUUGUUGUUUGAAGUUAAGCACAAAGCUACACAAUGGGCUGUCUGUGCUCUGCCCACCACAUACAUACCGCUGUGCCACUGGGGGGCAGAAAGAAACAGAAACUGCUCACUUAAAUGCAACUAAUGGAGCUGUAAGUAUUGUAAUGAGCAACCUCUCUACGAUAUUUAAAUUAUAUGUCGUUAUAAUAUAUAAACUUUUAUUAUGUAAGGUAUAUAAUCUUGCCCUCACAUAACGAAUAUUUUUGACAAUGCAAUUUUUGGUAGCCUGACUUCAAAAUGGUAAAAUUCAACAAGUACCGGAAAUCUCAUCUUUCAUAACGCACGCAGAUCUAGAGCAGAUUGCACACACCACCUUCGAUGACUUACUAUAGCACAUGUUUGAUUCAGAUCCUGAUAACAAUUAUAUCUUUGCCUUGAUAAAGUGCAUAUCUUUGUGCUUCUUCAAGAUCAGGCUGCAACACUUGACCAGGUCAUUCAUAGGCACUACCACUAGUAAGAGAAAGACAUUUGGCAGGCUAAUUUUGUUUAGAUACCAUUGGGAAAUUAUUGUAAUUACGAUGUCUCAGAGCUGGAUUAUCCGCAUACAAAGUUAUUCAUAUAGGCCUUUAUGCUAAACUAGUAUGUGCUUGUUGUGUUAUUGUAAAAUGUGUUUGAAUAAAAUGA